AUGGUCUCUGCACCAACCCACACCAUCAAUCCAACUGUGAAUAGCACCAGCACAACAAACAUUGGCUCUCAUCCACUCCCUGAGAAGGGCCUGGACAUCCCAAACCUUCUUGUGUGGUGCACUGAUGGGAGCUAUGCUCCCAAGAAGGACUCCUGGAAGUACAUCGUCCAGCACUGGACAGAAGCUGAUCCUGGAUGUGGCUUGCAUGUGGCCCUUGGAGACUGGCUAGCUGAAUGGCUCAGGGAGAAGAACAGAGCCAUCUUCAGCUCGAAGUACCACCAGUGUACUAUGAUCGCACUGGAAUUUCUUUAUCAGUACCAGGCAAAUGAGUCAGCAUUCCUUGCUGCAUAUCCAGAACAUACCGAAGGUCACACCGCCCUGUUCAAUGCAAUCAAGCAUGCCAAGAAGAGCCAUGGGAAGAUCAUCCCCUGCAAGUAG